UGAAAGAGAAAGAUAGAAGGUUCUCUUUGCAGUUUUGACCCUGUUGCCUCAAACCCAAGCAAUUUUGAGACAGUUUUUUACUCUUUUCUUCCACAGAGAGAGAGAGAGAGAGGGAGAGAUGGAGGAUCAGAAGCAGAGUGUUAGUGCGAAUGGCAACAACAACAACAGGAAGAGUGGUGGUGGUGGUGAGGAGGAGAGACCCGUUCGAGUCUAUGCUGACGGAAUAUACGAUCUCUUCCACUUCGGUCACGCCCGUGCUCUCGAGCAAGCCAAGAAAUCGUUUCCAAACGCUUAUCUGCUUGUUGGAUGCUGCAAUGAUGAAAUCACCCACAUGUAUAAGGGCAAAACUGUUAUGAACGAGAAGGAACGAUACGAGUCUCUCCGCCACUGCAGGUGGGUUGAUGAGGUUAUCCCUGAUGCACCGUGGGUGAUCACACAAGAGUUCCUUGAAAAACAUCAGAUCGACUAUGUUGCACAUGAUUCUCUUCCUUAUGCUGAUGCAAGUGGGGCUGGAAAAGAUGUCUAUGAAUAUGUUAAGUCCAUUGGGAAGUUUAAGGAAACAAAACGGACUCAUGGGAUCUCAACAUCUGAUAUUAUAAUGAGGAUUCUCAAAGAUUACAAUCAGUAUGUGAUGCGUAAUUUGGCCCGUGGAUAUACAAGAAAGGACCUAGGUGUUAGCUAUGUCAAGGAAAAGCGGCUUAGAGUGAAUAUGGGUCUGAAAAAAUUGCAUGAAAGAGUGAAGAAAGAACAAGAGAGAGUUGGAGAGAAGAUACAAACUGUAGCAAAAACUGCUAGAAUACAUCGUAAUGAAUGGGUGGAGAAUGCUGAUCGAUUGGUUGCUGGGUUUCUUGAGUUGUUUGAAGAAGGUUGCCAUAAAAUGGGAACAGCCAUCAGGGAGCGAAUACAAGAGCGGCUACUAAGGGGGCAGCAGUUUAGAGGACUUGUAUAUGAUGAGGAAGUUGAUGAUGAGUUCUAUGACGACUCCGAGGAAGAAGAAGAAGAAGAAUACUAUGUCAAGGAUGACGUAAAAUGAGCCGCUCUUUUGUGUUCUUGAUGGGACAUUAAUCUUGUUUAUGGUGUUAAAAGUAUAGCAUAUCUUGAAAUAGUAUCUUCAUAAACUGCUUUGAGCAAAAAAAAGCAGUUGCCUGCUGGAAGUAAUUCGUUAGAACAGAUGUAUAUAUAGAUAAAGGCAAAGCUUAUUAUCUGAAGGGAUUCUGCUGUAUGAACUUAGACGUGGUAUUGAUGUGUGAGGUUGAAAAUAUAUAAUAUCUUCAGAUUAUGGUUGU